AUGAAGAAGCUCUACCGGAAAGGGACGGUUCAUCCUUCACCGCCAAUCAUAUCAGAUCAACUGGCCUUCCUUCCCGCCACCAUCCUCACCCUCGCGGCGGCUCUGUCGCCCGAGGACAGAGAGGUCUUGGCUUACCUCAUCUCCUGCUCCAACAGCUCCAUCAACUUAUCAUCCUCCUCCUCCUCGUCAUCAUCGUACGGUUCACGUAAGUCCACCGCAGCCUCUGCCGCCAAAAAGGGCGCCGCAAAAGGCAGUGGGAGCGGCGGUGACCACCCGGCGCGGUUUAACUGCGACUGCUUCAGGUGCUACAAGAGUUACUGGGUCAGAUGGGACGAGUCGCCGAAUCGGCAACUGAUCCACGAGAUCAUCGAUGCUUUUGAAGAUGGGUUGUUGGCUGAGAGUAAAGGGCAGGCAAACUCAAAGUAUAAUAAUAAUAACAGUAGGAAGGAGAGGAGGAACAAGAGGGGUCAUAAUGGUGGGUCAUCGGGUGAGCUGAAGCGGUCCGAGUUGAGUUUGAAGAAGAAGGAGCUGGCUCAGGCUCACAUGGCGGAUCAAGAGACUGGUGGUGGUGGUGGUGGUGGAGAGGUUGAUGAAGAAGACUCAGAGAAGGGUUCAGUGAGAAGGUUUGUGAGCUUUGUUGGAGAGAGGAUAUGGGGUGUGUGGAGCCAAUAA